GGCCAGCCGGGCAGGCGGGCCGGCCGGGGCGCACAUGGGCUAGCCAGACGCCCGGACCGGCCGAUGUCCUGACGGCAGCGCCAUGGGGAAACUUCACUCCAAGCACGCCGCCGUGUGUAAGCGCAGGGAGAGUCCGGAAGGUGACAGCUUCGCCGUAAACGCCUCCUGGGCUCGCAAAGGGAUCGAAGACUGGAUCGGGAAGCAGCGCUACCCCGUGGGGACCUCGGGACUUCGCCAGCCUCAGGGUGGGGACGGUUUUUCCUGCGGUACCCAGGAUCCAUCUGGCGAGGGUUACAGAGAAACAAUCAGCGAGGAUCAUUUUCGCCUAGAAGUCGCUUUGCCCCCGGAAAAGGCCGACACAUUUGGGAGUGGAGACGAGAAGAAAAGGGAAAUGGAGAGUGAAGCUGGCUCCGGUCCCAAGAAGCAGCUCAAGUUUGAAGAGUUGCAGUGUGACGUGUCGGUCGAGGAGGGUAACAGGCAAGAGUGGACCUUCACGCUCUAUGACUUCGACAACAACGGCAAGGUCACAAGGGAGGAUAUCACCAGCUUGCUCCAUACCAUCUACGAGGUAGUCGACUCUUCCGUCAACCACUCCCCCAGCUCCAGUAAGACUCUGCGCGUGAAGCUCACGGUGGCUCCGGACGGCAGUCAGAAGAAAAAGAGCGUUUUGCUGAACCCCAGCGAUUUGAAGAGUGCCAGGCACCGGAUGGAGAGCAGAGCCAACAAAGAGCCAAGGAGCAGCGAAAAGAAGCAGCGGGCUUCCCUCCGGGCCCAAGGGGACAGCCACCUCGAGACGUCUGAUUGCAACCGCCAUUGUGUCGACGAGAACAUUGAGAGGAGAAACCACUACUUAGAUCUGGCGGGGAUCGAGAACUACACGUCAAAGUUUGGGCCAGGACCCCCGCCGAUCGCCCCCAAGUGCGACCCUCCCAGCAGAGGCUGCCUCCCGACCAGAUCCCGCUCCCAGGAACCCGAAGCCCUCUACGCCCCGCACCGGCAAUCCCAGGGCCCGGAGCCCGGCCUCUUCCAUCUCCUCGACGCCUCGUACGCCAAGAUCGCCGAGGUCCAUCAGCGCCUCUGGAGCAAUCAGGAAGCCGCCAAGCACUUCGGGAGGUCUCCCAAGGUCCAGGGUAAAAUGGUGGGCUCGGGCCCGCCCGGGAGGGUCGCGAGGAGCAAGCAGGCCCCGGGGGUGGCCGUGCCCGCGGCUUCCCCCUCGGCUCGCCUGGCCCCGGCCCCGGCCCACCUCCCCGGCCUGGCUCCCAAGAAGCACAAGCAGAGAGGGAAGGAGAGCCAGCAGAUGUGCAGAUCCUUCCAGCCCCCGCGGGGGCCGCUGGCCGAGAAGGAGCACGCAAGGGACUUGGCUACGGUCCUCCUCUACGAGGGCCAGGCGGGCCAGAUGGUUCAGAGACACGAACACCACCACCACCACGAACACCACCACCACUACCACCAUUUUUACCAGACCUGAACCCACUCCCCCUCCCCCCCGCCGCUCCCCAAAUGAAGGAAUCCCCCAUCCUCCCUCCCCGACCCCCUCGUCCGACUCCUAAGCCAUCAUUCGAAGAGUUAUCGUUGUUUUUAUCGUUGCUCCACUGAUACUCAUCUAGCCUCUAUUUUAGAAAUCACGUGGAACCGUGGACGUUCUUAUUUAUAUGUCGUGGAAACGGCCCAGCUGAAUGGCCGGUGGACUCUUAGUGGCUCGGGAGAGAAAGAGCAGAGGUAGGCUAAGGGGGUUUGGAGUUGCGGUUUGAAUGCAGGUCAUGAAAGCACUUCCCAGACCAAGCUGGCGUCCAUCGGGUGUUCGGAAAAGAUCCCGCGGGUGUCACCCGCCGGGGACGGUUAGCUUUCUUUUCUUCCGGACGCCGGCCUCUGCCGGGACAGCAACGUUUCAGGGUCUGACCUCCAGGGGUCCUCAGAAUUCCCGAAAAUUCCAACAGCUGCUACCUCUAGUGUGACCGGAUUUUUGUUUGUUUUUUUCUCCUGAUUGUAAUGUGCUCCAAGGGACUUCCGGAUUCUGGAGCCCUAAUCGUGGAGCACUUUGACUUCCCUUGAUACGAACUAAUGACGACCCCGAAACGUCGGCGGCCACACCCAGUAGCCUUUCCAUCUUUCCUCUGGACUCCGAUUUCUCUCCUGGAACCAGUACCGCACGUCGUGCAUUGGACACGCUUUUAAGCACCCCUUCCCUCCUCUCUCCUUCAAUCGGUCAACCGAUUAAUUCAUCAGCGGUGUGUAUUGAGCGCUUACUGUGUGCGGAGCACUGCGCUAAGCACUUGGGAAAGCCCAAAAGAGCAGGUAGACACGGUUCCCGCCCUCAAGGACCUGACCAUCUAGCGUUUGUUCCUGUCUGUGUUUGUUCCUCGCUUCUUGUUUGGAAAAACCACUGCAGAAGGAAAAACCUUUGGGAAAGGAGAUGGUUUUUCGGGCUGGUUGCCACUGAGAAUCGGAGCUAUUCCCUGUAUUUAUGCGACGGCGGUUUCUCCUUCUGAAUCUGUUGUUUUGACUGAGAAUGUGGAAAUCCUUCCUUUUAAAUGUUGCUAAAUAUAGAUUAUAUAAUAUAAAAAUAUAAGUAAAGAAAUCUAUGUAUAUGGAUAGCAGCUGGUCUAUCUAUAUAUGUUUAUAUAAAUAUACACCCUCUCAGGUAAAUUUUUCUGUGUUGAGAAAUCUGUGGUUUGCUUAUCCUAGGUCUGGGUGAGGAGGACGACUUUGGUCUAGAGUGACAUGGGCUGGCUUACGUGGGUCUCGGCUUCCUCCCUAGCUUCUUCCCGACAGCCGUCGCUCUCGGUUUGGCCCUCCCAAAUCGCCCCCAUACUCCUGGCUUCCGUGAGGAGCAGCGUGGCCUAGUGGAGAAAGCACGGGCCUGGAUGU